UUAUCUACUACAUUAUAUUUAGUUUAGCUGUAGUCAAAUUCAGCGAAAUUCCAUUAAUUGCGUUCAGUUCAAAAUUUAAUUGCAAAGACUCAACAUGAAAUUUCUAUACGUCUACGCUUUCAUAGCACUAUUCGCACUCGUCUCAGCCAAUAGCACGGCCAGUCACAAUCUCAUAUUGGGUUCACGCUUACCAGGCGAUCGUCAUUUGAUACGCGAAGUUGUUUUCAAAAAAUCUGGUUUUAUGCGCAAGAAGUCCGGUGACUAUUCAUUCGAUCAGAAGAACAUACCCUAUCCGGCAAUCAUAACGAGCGUGGAAGUCAAGGAUCAAUACACCAAUGGCAAUGGUGGUUAUGCCACACUGACAAGUGGUGGUCCGGGUUUCAAUUUUAUCAAGUUACAUUUCACAAGUCAAUGGUGGCGUGGAUAUAAUUUUGUUAUUGAUAUUUAUGGUAAAUAAAUCAAGUUUGCGGGAACGAAA